UUUAACAAUAAAUAAGGGGGAAAAAAAGAAACCACCCUUAUUAAAACUGGCAACAUGAAAUAUCAUCGCCGUACCACGUGACCCGGCCAACCCCCUUAUCAAAAUUACAAAUCGGCUGAGAAAAUCGUUUUAUUUGGCCGGAUGGCGAUUUUAAUCGCUUAAUUUAAAUUAAUUUCUCUAAUUAAGGGCAUUAUAUUCUAGUUUGAUUAACAUUAAAAUCCCUUCGGCCAGCACUCUACAAGAUGCUAACAUUUAAUGUGGCACUUUUGUUCAUUUUGGCACUGAAUACCAAUUUUAAAUGCAUUCGAUCGGAUAUGUUCGAUCAGGCCGAAACCGAGCUGACCAUGACCAUCAAGCCCAGGACCACCGAAUGCUUUUACCAAUUUGCCAAGACCGGAGAGAUCCUGGAGAUUGAAUUUCAGGUUGUCGAUUCGAGCUUUGGAGAAAUGGACAUAAACAACGAAAUGACUAUUACGUUUUAUUUAUAUUCGCCACAAGGUCGACAACUGAUUGCGGAUUAUCAAAAACCGGAUGCAAUUCAUAGGCACGACGUUAAAGAAGACGGAGAUUACAAGUUUUGUUUCGACAACGAAUUCAGCCACUUUGCCACAAAAUCCGUAUAUUUCGAGGUGUACGUGGAUUCGGACAGCGACGACAUUCGAUGGGACGACGUCCAGAUGGACUUCCCCACGGAGAUUUCAGAAUACACCGACAGCAUAGAACAGAUAAAAGAAUCCAUAAAUAAAGUGAGAGACAAUCUGAAUAAAAUGAAACACUUUCAGGAUCAAAAGAGGGCCAUCGAAGCUCGCGACAGGAGUGUCCAAGAGCAUAACUUCACUCGAGUCAACUUCUACUCCAUUCUGGCCAUAUGCGUCAUGCUCUGCGUCGGUGCCGUUCAGGUACUCACCAUCAGAAGUCUAUUCGAAGACAAGAGCAAACUGCACAAAAUAUUCAAACUGUUGUCCUGAUGAAAAAAAAAAUGGCCGAAAGAGUAAGCGCGGUUUUUUUUUUUUUUAUUAUUAUUUUAUUUUCUGGCCAAAAAUUUUUCUGAUUUAUUUCCUAGUCAAAACAAUUGAUUUGUCGUAUUGGAGUGCCUUAAUUAGUUCCUAAACUAUUUAGUUCACACUUAAUUUUUGUUUUAUGUCUGUUUUAAAGUUUAAUUAAUCCUUGAAUCACAUAAAAAAAAAGACUUAUGCUGCUGUUUAAAUCAUAUUUUUCGACUUCUGAAAUUCCUACAAAACAAAAAUCAAAUCUAGCAAUUCUCUGCCAGUUUUAUGGUAGACAAAGAUAACAGUUUUAUGGUAGACAUUACAAUAAAAAUACCUGAAUUUUGGGCAGCUCAAUAUCAAUUGGGACAACCGAGAACUUCACGAAGCUGUAUUUUUAACCCGUGUCUUCCAAGCAAUAAGUUUAAACGUAACCAAGUCUCGAUUAUCCUUGUGCCUUCGAAUUAACUUUCGGUGGAAUUUUUCCAUUUGGCAGAUUAUCCUCGUCCUUUUUCGAUGGCGGAAAUUUUAACGUAUUUGAAUACUCAGCAAUUUUUAAAUUUCGUAUUUAUCCGAGAAAUUUUAUAAGCGGAGAUAAUCGGGUUCAUCCGUUACAGUAAUACAACGAACAAAUUUAUAUUUUUGUUCUCAAAUAAACCGCUACGUACAAAA